AUGUUCUCUGCCUUUGAUCCCCAACGCACCGGCUAUGUCACCUGUCUGGACUUCAGGAUCCUGCUUGAACAAGCCGGUACGUUUCCUUCUUUUUCGCUUUCGCUAUCUUUUGGUGCAUUUAGCGUCCCAAUAUCAUUGAGUUACAUUUUAACUGUACGUACCGGUCUCCGAGAGGCCGAGUGA